CAAAACUGCAUACAAUAGGUACUUUUUUUCGAUCAUAAACAGUGACAAAAUGUGCAGAAUCUUGUACUUCGUCAUCCUCAACGUCCUAUUCCCCUUGUGCUCGUCUACAGAGACCAAGGAGUCGAUGUGCAUCUGUUCACGAAUCUGGAUGCCUGUCUGUGCCACAAACGGAAAAACUUAUGGGAAUGAUUGCGAAUUUGAGUGCUCCAAGAAGAAGAUGGGAGACGUGGAUCUUGCUAUCGCUCACGAUGGAGGCUGUGCUGACGAGUGUAGUGACCAUGAUUAAAGUGGGACUCUAGAUACAGAGGAUAGUUGAUUUGUUCGAAAUAUAUUUUUCAUAUCUUAA